GCAGCCGAGCCGCGUCCUGCCGUGCUCGGCUUCCGCGAGCCACCGAGAGCCGUGCGCUGCGCUCCGCCGCGGGGCAGGGCUGACACCGGAGCGAGCGCGGGCCCCAGCCGUCGGCACCGGCGGGGUGCGGUGGGCCCCGGCCCUAGGAGGAGGACCAGGAGGGCGCGGAGGCGCUCGUGUCCCCACAGACCAGCCGGGGUCCUGGCCGCUGCGCGCGGCACGUGCAGCGACCCGCCCUGUGCGCCAUGCGCCGGCCGCGGCUCCCCAGCGCCGCCCUUUAGUGCCGCGGCGGCCGAGCGACUCCGGGCCGGCUCCGCGGGCCCCUCGGGCAUGGAGCCGCACGUGCUCGGCGCCGUCCUCUACUGGCUGCUGCUGCCCUUCGUGCUCCUGGCCGCCUGCCUCUUCCGCGUCAACGCGCUCUCGCUGGUCUACCUCCUGUUUCUGCUACUGCUGCCCUGGUUCCCGGGCCCCUCCAGGCACAGCAUCCCAGGUCACACCGGCCGCCUCCUGCGAGCCCUGCUGGGUUUCAGCCUCCUCUUCCUGGCAGCCCACCUCACCUUCCAGAUAUGCCUGCACACCGUGCCCCACCUGGACCAGCUUCUGGGGCCGAGCUGCAGCACCUGGGACACCGUCUCCCGACACAUUGGGGUCACGAGGCUGGACCUGAAGGACGUGCCCAACGCCAUCCGCCUGGUGGCCCCCGACCUGGGUGUCCUGGCGGCCUCCUCCCUGUGCCUUGGCGUGUGCAGGCGCCGUACGCGGACGGCCCGGCGGAGCCAGCGUGCCCAGGAGCCGGACCAUGAUGACGGGGGCGUGGACACCGGCUCCCUGGUGGGGCUGCAGGAAGCCCCUGCACUGCCCCACAAGCGGAGAUCUUGGCUGGCCGCCCGGUUCCGGAUCACAGCGCACUGGCUGCUGGUGGCCGCUGGGCGGACUCUGGCCAUAGUGCUCCUCGCGCUGGCAGGCAUCGCCCACCCGUCAGCUUUCUCCAGCGUCUACUUCCUGCUGUUCCUGACCAUCUGCACCUGGUGGGCCUGCCACUUUCCCAUCAGCCCCCUGGGCUUCAGUGCACUCUGCGUCACGGUGGGCUGCUUUGGCGCCGGCCAUCUCCUUUGCCUCUACUGCUACCAGACGCCCCUCGCCCAGUCCAUGCUCCCGCCUGCCAGCAUCUGGGCCAGGGUGUUCGGGCUCAAGGACUUCGUGCCACCCCCCAACUGCUCCAGCCCCAACGUGCUGGUCCUCAACACCAGCCACGACUGGCCCGUCUACGUGAGCCCCGGCAUCCUGCUGCUUCUCUGCUACACCGUGACCUCGCUCCUGAAGCUCCAAGCGCGCCGGCCCGCGGACCGGGGGAAGGAGGCGGCCGGGGGCGACAUGGAACUGGAGGUGGAGCUGACCGAGGUGGACCAGCGGCCCCAGGGCCAGGCCAGGGCUCCAGCCCCCAAGGAGGAGGAGGCCACGCAGCACACGAUGGCCGUGCCGCCGGACCCUGAGGACAACUGCAUCGUGCACGACCUCACUGGCCACAACCCUGUCCAGCAGCGGCCCCCGCGCCCCAGGCUGACUGGGCCUAAGGAGACGUCUCCGUUGCACGGCCUGGGCCACCUCAUCAUGGACCAGAGCUACGUAUGUGCCCUCAUUGCCAUGAUGGUGUGGAGCAUCACCUACCACAGCUGGCUGACCUUCGUGCUGCUGCUCUGGGCCUGUCUCAUCUGGACCGUGCGUAGCCGCCACCAGAUGGCUAUGCUCUGCUCGCCUUUCAUAUUGCUCUACGGGCUGGCGCUCUGCAGCCUGCGCUACGUGUGGGCCAUGGACCUGCGGCCCGAGCUGCCCACCGCCCUGGGCCCCGUCAGCCUGCGCCAGCUGGGGCUGGAGCACACCCGCUACCCCUGCCUGGACCUGGGCGCCAUGCUGCUGUGCACCCUCACCUUCUGGCUUCUGCUGCGCCAGUUUGUGAAGGAGAAGCUGCUGAAGAGGGCGCGGGACCCCGUGGCGCUGAUGGAGGUCACUGUGGCCGCCGCAGAGCCCACCCAGACGCGGACACUGCUGCGGAGCCUGGGGGAGCUGGUCAGGGGCGUGUACGCCAAGUACUGGGUCUACGUGUGCGGCGGCAUGUUCAUCGUGGUCAGCUUCGCCGGCCGCCUUGUCGUGUACAAGAUCGUCUACAUGCUGCUCUUCCUGCUCUGCCUCACCCUCUUCCAGGUGUACUACAGCCUGUGGCGGAAGCUGCUCAAGGCGUUCUGGUGGCUGGUGGUGGCCUACACCAUGCUGGUGCUGGUGGCCGUCUACACCUUCCAGUUCCAGGACUUCCCCGCCUACUGGCGCAACCUGACCGGCCUCACGGAUGAGCAGCUGGGGGACCUGGGCCUGGAGCAGUUCAGCGUGUCCGAGCUCUUCUCUAGCAUCCUGGUCCCGGGCUUCUUCCUGCUCGCCUGUAUCCUGCAGCUCCACUACUUCCACAGGCCCUUCAUGCAGCUCACCGACCCCGAGCACCGCCCCCCGCCCAGCGCCUGCACCCUGCGCUGGGCUCACAGGCAGGACACGGUGAGCGGGACCCCCCUGCUGCAGCAAGAGGAAGAGGAGGCGGCACCCAGAGACGAGGGGCUGGGCGUGGCUGGCCCCCACCAGGCCAUACAGGUCCCGGAGGCCAGCAAGUGGGGCCUGGUGGCUGAGCGGCUCCUGGACCUGGCCGCCGGCUUCUCGGAUGUCCUCACCCGCGUGCAAGUGCUCACGCGGCGUCUGCUAGAGCUGCACGUCUUCAAGAUGGUGGCCCUGUACACCAUGUGGGUGGCCCUGAAGGAGGUGUCGGUGCUGAACUUUCUGCUGGUCGUGCUGUGGGCCUUCGCCCUGCCCUACCCCCGCUUCCGGCCCAUGGCCUCCUGCCUGGCUACCGUGUGGACCUGUAUCAUCAUUGUGUGCAAGAUGCUGUACCAGCUCAAGGUUGUCAGCCCCCACGAGUAUGCCAGCAACUGCACCGAGCCCUUUCCCAACAGCACGAACCUGCAGAAGACGGAGAUCCACGAGUCUUUGCUGUACCGGGGACCCAUCGACCCCGCCAACUGGUUCGGGGUGCGGAAGGGCUUCCCGAACCUGGGCUACAUCCAAAGCCACCUGCAGAUCCUGCUGCUGCUGGUGUUCGAGGCUGUGGUGUACCGGUGCCAGGACUACCACCGCCGCCGGCACCAGCUGGCCCCGCUGCCGGCCCAGGCCGUCUGCGCCGAUGGCACCCGCCAGCAGCUCGACCGCGACCUGCCCAGCUGCCUCAAGUACUUCGUCAACUUCUUCUUCUACAAGUUUGGGCUGGAGAUCUGCUUCUUGAUGGCCGUGAACGUGAUCGGACAGCGCAUGAACUUCAUGGUCAUCCUGCAUGGCUGCUGGCUGGUGGCCGUCCUCACCCGCCGGCGCCGUGAGGCCAUCGCCCGCCUCUGGCCCAGCUACUGCCUCUUCCUGGCACUCUUCCUGCUCUACCAGUACCUGCUGUGCCUGGGCAUGCCCCCUGCCCUGUGCAUCGACUACCCGUGGCGCUGGAGCCGGGCUAUCCCCAUGAACUCUGCCCUGAUCAGGUGGCUGUACCUGCCGGACUUCUUCAGUGCCCCCAACGCCACCAACCUCAUCAAUGACGUCCUCCUGCUGCUCUGCGCCUCCCAGCAGUGGCAGGUGUUCUUGGCCGAGCGCACGGAGGAGUGGCAGCACGUGGCAGGCGUUAACACUGAUCGCCUGGAGCCGCUGCAGGGGGAGCCCAACCCCGUGCCCAACUUCAUCCACUGCAGGUCCUACCUCGACAUGCUGAAGGUGGCCGUCUUCCGCUACCUCUUCUGGCUGGUGCUGGUGGUGGUGUUUGUCACGGGGGCCACACGCGUCAGCAUCUUCGGGCUGGGCUACCUGCUGGCCUGCUUCUACCUGCUGCUGUUUGGCACCAGCCUGCAGCAGAAGGACACGCGCACCCGCCUCGUCCUAUGGGACUGCCUCAUUCUCUACAACGUCACCGUCAUCGUCUCCAAGAACAUGCUCUCGCUCCUGUCCUGCGUCUUCGUGGAGCAGAUGCAGAGCAGCUUCUGCUGGGUCAUCCAGCUCUUCAGCCUUGUGUGCACGGUCAAAGGCUACUACAACCCCAAGGAGAUGCUGGGCCGCGACCAGGACUGCCUGCUGCCUGUGGAGGAGGCGGGCGUCCUGUGGGACAGCGUCUGCUUCCUGUUCCUGCUGCUGCAGCGCCGCGUCUUCCUCAGCUACUACUUCCUGCACGUCUGGGCCGAGCUCCGCGCCACUGCCCUGCAGGCCUCCAGGGGCUUUGGCCUCUACAAUGCUGCCAACCUCAAGACCAUCGAGCUCCACCGCAGGGCGGAGGAGAAGUCGCUGGCCCAGCUGAAAAGACAGAUGGAGCGCAUCCGGGCCAAGCAGGAGAAGCACAGGCAUGGCCGGGCCGGCCGCGGCCACCUGCAGGGCUCCCUGGACCCCAGCCAGGAGUCAGGGCCCGGCAGUGCAGGGGGCUCCUCCUCGCCACGGCCACAGUGGUGGCGACCCUGGCUGGACCACGCCACAGUCAUCCACUCUGGGGACUACUUCCUGUUCGAGUCGGACAGCGAGGAGGAGGAGGAGGUGCAGCCCGAGGACGCCCGGCCGUCAGCACAGAGCACCUUCCAGAUGGCGUACCAGGCGUGGGUGACCAACGCCCAGACGGUGCUGCACCAGCAGCGGCAGGAGCGGGCAGGGCAGCUGCCCACGGGCGGUGACCCAAGACAGGAGGCAGAGCUGGCAGAGGGCUUGGAGGAUGAGGUAGCCGGCCGCAGCCACGUGAUGCAACGAGUGCUGAGCACCACGCAGUUCCUGUGGGUGCUGGGCCAGGCGCUGGUGGACGAGCUGACGCGCUGGCUGCACGACUUCACGCGGCACCACCGCGCCACGAGUGAUGUGCUGCGUGCUGAGCGCUACCUGCUCACGCAGGAGCUGCUCCGGGGCGGAGAGGUGCGCCGGGACGUGCUGGAUCAGCUGUAUGCCAGCGAAGCUGAGAUGAUCCGUGAUGCACUGAGCACUCCAUCCAGCGGGCUGGGGGCGGAGGAGCCACAGAGCAGCGUGACGGAGGACAUCAGCAGCCCUCUGAGUGCCAGCUGUAACACCCAGAGCAGCGGCGAGGAGACGGUCACCGAGCCCGGGGCUUCCCUGCACGGCUCCUGGGAGCUUCCCGCCAGCGGCCGCGCCAGAACGCGCACAGCCAGCGAGCUGCUCCUGGACAGGUGCCUGCACAUCCCGGAGCUGGAGGAGGCCGAGCGGUUCGCGGCGGGACAGGGCCGCGUGCUGCGGCUGCUGGAGGCCGUGUACCAGUGUGUGGCCGCCCACUCGGAGCUGCUCUGCUACUUCGUCAUCAUCCUCAACCACAUGGUCACCGCCUCGGCUGCCUCCCUGAUGCUGCCCGUGCUGGUCUUCCUGUGGGCCAUGCUGUCCAUCCCACGGCCCAGCAAGCGCUUCUGGAUGACGGCCAUCAUCUUCACCGAGGUCACGGUGGUCGCCAAGUACCUGUUCCAGUUCGGCUUCUUCCCCUGGAACAGCCACGCUGUGCUGCGGCGCUAUGAAAACAAGCCCUACUUCCCGCCACGCAUCCUGGGCCUGGAGAAGAGCGACAGCUACGUCAAGUGCGACCUGCCGCAGCUCAUCGUGCUCUUCUUCCACCGCGCCCAGCUGCUGUGCUACGGCCUCUGGGACCACGACGAGGACCCUGUCCCGAAGGAGCGUGACAGGGGUGGUGGGAAGGACAAGGCGGCUGAGGAGGAGCCGGCCCUGCUGGGACCCCAGGGGGAGCCAGGGGUGGCCAGGGCCCCCACUGAGGACGACAUCCCGGUGGAAGCAAAGGACGGGCCCCCAGAGCCCCGUGACGAGAGGCGCGUCAGCCUGCGUCUCAGAAAGAGGAGGAAGGAGAGCACAGGACCCAGAGGACGGGCAGCCACUGAAGGCGAGGACGACAAGGAGGUGGGAGCGGAGGCGGAGGCGGCUGCAGAGAGCGAGGAGAGGCAGAGCCGCCCCUGCAAAAGAGUGAGGGCCCUGGGGCUCCGGCUGCAGAGCUUCUGCCUGUCCCUGGCCCGGAGCGUGUACUGGCCUGUAAGGCGCUUCUUCCACGACAUUCUGCACACCAAGUACCGCGCGGCCACCGACGUCUAUGCUCUCAUGUUCCUGGCCGACGUCGUCGACUUCGUCAUCAUCAUCUUUGGAUUCUGGGCCUUUGGGAAGCACUCGGCGGCCACAGACAUCACGUCCUCCCUGUCAGACGACCAGGUGCCGGAGGCCUUCCUGGUCAUGCUGCUGAUCCAGUUCAGCACCAUGGUGGUCGACCGCGCCCUCUACCUGCGCAAGACCGUGCUGGGCAAGCUGGCCUUCCAGGUGGUCCUGGUGCUGGCCGUGCACCUGUGGAUGUUCUUUAUCCUGCCGGCCGUCACCGAGCGCAUGUUCAGCCAGAACGCGGUGGCCCAGCUGUGGUACUUCGUCAAGUGCAUCUACUUCGCCCUGUCCGCCUACCAGAUCCGCUGCGGCUACCCCACCCGCAUCCUCGGCAACUUCCUCACCAAGAAGUACAACCACCUGAACCUCUUCCUCUUCCAGGGGUUCCGGCUGGUGCCGUUCCUGGUGGAGCUGCGGGCUGUGAUGGACUGGGUGUGGACGGACACCACGCUGUCCCUGUCCAACUGGAUGUGCGUGGAGGACAUCUAUGCGAACAUCUUCAUCAUCAAGUGUAGCCGAGAGACAGAAAAGAAAUACCCGCAGCCCAAGGGGCAGAAGAAGAAGAAGAUCGUCAAGUACGGCAUGGGCGGCCUUAUCAUCCUGUUCCUCGUGGCCAUCAUCUGGUUCCCGCUGCUCUUCAUGUCCCUCGUGCGGUCCGUGGUCGGCGUCGUCAACCAGCCCACUGACGUCACCGUCACCCUCAAGCUGGGUGGCUACGAGCCCCUGUUCACCAUGAGCGCCCAGCAGCCGUCCAUCGUGCCCUUCACACACCAGGCCUACGAGGAGCUGUCCAAGCAGUUUGACCCCCACCCGCUGGCCAUGCAGUUCAUCAGCCAGUACGCCCCCGAGGACAUCGUCACGGCGCAGAUCGAGGGGAGCUCCGGGGCACUCUGGCGCAUCAGCCCGCCAAGCCGGGCGCAGAUGAAACGGGAGCUGUAUAACGGCAGCGCCGACAUCACCAUGCGCUUCACCUGGAACUUCCAGAGGGACCUGGCCAAGGGCGGCACGGUGGAGUACACCAACGAGAAGCACACCCUGGGCCUGGCCCCCAACAGCACCGCCCGGAGGCAGCUGGCCAGCCUGCUGGAGGGCACCUCAGAGCAGUCCGUGGUCAUCCCCCACCUCUUCCCCAAGUACAUCCGUGCCCCCAACGGGCCUGAAGCCAACCCCGUGAAGCAGCUGCAGCCUAACGAGGAGGCCGACUACCUCGGCGUGCGCAUCCAGCUGCGCAGGGAGCGCGUGGGCUCGGGGGCAGCUGGCUUCCUCGAGUGGUGGGUCAUCGAGCUGCAGGACUGCCAGGUUGACUGCAACCUGCUGCCCAUGGUCAUCUUCAGUGACAAGGUCAGCCCGCCCAGCCUGGGCUUCCUGGCCGGCUACGGCAUCAUGGGGCUGUACGUGUCCAUCGUGCUGGUCAUCGGCAAGUUCGUGCGCGGCUUCUUCAGCGAGAUCUCGCACUCCAUCAUGUUUGAGGAGCUGCCAUGCGUGGACCGCAUCCUCAAGCUGUGCCAGGACAUCUUCCUGGUGCGGGAGACUCGGGAGCUGGAGCUGGAGGAGGAGCUGUACGCCAAGCUCAUCUUCCUGUACCGCUCGCCCGAGACGUUGAUCGCGUGGACGCGCGACAAGGACUAGGGACGCUCGCAGCAGGGCCGGGGCCUCGGCCCGGCGCAGGACUGCUCUCACCGUCCUCCCUGUGGGGCCCGGCGGCCCGGCGCCCCCUGCCCACUCGCACUGUAGAGUUUUCUAAUUAAAACCUUUUUAUUUAUACAAA